AUGUCGCGCAGUAUACUACAAGCAAUGUGCAUUUGUUUGCAUUUGCUGCUACACAUUGAGCACUGUCAAACUUGCAUGGCAACUCAUCCAUCAACAACGCCUAAACCACAAUCUACCACGUAUAAUCCACGUACACCAACUACAACUGUUACACCAAAUAUGGAUUGUUUCCCAUUAGCAAGACAGAAACGAAGUCCUUCCUCAGCAACUGAGUACUUGUCACAUUUACCGGAAAACUGCUCACCAGCAGAAUAUUUAAAGGGUGCUAUUGCUGAGAUGAAAGCUGGCUUAGUGCCAACGGAUUCUGAUUCCAAAGAAGACAAGCAUACAUCAGUACCUGUCUCUAUCUCUAGACAUCCAGCAAUUGCUAUUGAACAUCGAUCUAUUAUCACCAGUAAUGAUAACAAAGGAGAUAACGCUAAUCACAGCCAGUUUUCCUUAACAAAAAGUCAACUUCCGAAAUUAUGUCAAGAGUUUGAAUGGGAUGGACCAAAUUAUGUCUAUAAUCAUUCACUCUCAACAAAAGUACCGUAUUGUUAUAAGUAUGUAGCAAAUAUGGAUGAAGAGAGUGACAAUUUAACAAAAAUAACGCAAAAAAGUGCACGUGAAAAAUGUCGCUUUUACGGAGCUCAAUCUGAUGGAACAGCAGAUUUGGUUUCUAUUCAUUCUGAUGAUGAAAAUGAAGACUUAAAAAGUACACUGUCAUUUUUUGGCUGGAAAUCAGCGUGGAUCGGUUUAGCUUAUGAAAAAUCACGCAGCAUUUGGCGAUGGAUUGAUGGAACAACACUGACCUUCUCAAAACUUUCCCUUCGAGAUCCGGAGCAGCAUUGUGCAGUAAUACUCUCAGAUGGCUCAUGGGUUUCAGAAUACUGCAAAAGCAAUGCUGUAUCACAUUUUAUUUGUAAGAAACGAGCAAUUUAA